CGGGGGUGGGCCAGCCGGGUCCUCUCCCUGGGGCACUGCCGGCCGUUCCUUCUCCUUCUUUGGCCGUUGGGGGCCGUGCAUUCUGCGUGUGAUUUAGUGAUUGUGGAAUGUUUGGCCUUCCAGAAUCAAACAAAGGCUGCGUGAGUCGUCAGUUUUGAAAAUCAUCUAACGUUUGCACCGUGCUGUAACGUAAAACGUUCUGCUGACUUGUGGGUUUGUCCGGUUUUUGUUUGUUUUCUUCCUGUGUCUUUAGUUCUUGCCACGCUAGGGGAACGCUCAGGAAGGGUUGCAGCGUGUGGGGACGGGCUGUGGCAAUGGCCGCCGCCGUGGCCUUGCCGGGGCUGGCUGCCUUGUAGCCGUGACUGUGUCAGCGGCUCGGCCGAGAGCUCGCCCCGGCUGCAGAGCAGCUCCCUUCCUGCAGACGUGGUGGAAGUCCAGCACUCAGAGAGGCGAGUUCACGUGCCGAGGCCACGCAGCCGUCAGCGAGAGCGUGGACGUCCUGCCUCUGCCCCCACAAGCGAGGGGGGGCACCGUCUGGCGCUGCCCGGGCACGACACUGUCCCCGAGGAGCAGCACUGCGGUGACCUGAAACAUGCCGCCUGCACACGCCGAGCCCACAGCACACGUGUUCAGGGCCUCCCUGCACCCUGCAGCCGUGUCCACCACCUGUCUCGGGGACUCCCACGCGGCAGAACUGAAGCCCUGUGCCCGGGGAAACAGCGACUCGGCCUCACAGCCUUCACGGGGCGCUGGUGCCUGGGGUUUGCACGGAGCUCGGUGAGCGGUCAGCUUGGUGUGGACAGAAGCAGAGGCCGAGGCAGCAGCGUGUGUGACGACCCCAGUGGCCCGUGUUAGGGGAGCCUUGGUGGCCACCCAUGGCUGGGAGCAGCAGAGCACACUGGAGAGACCACCUGGUGGCUGCUCCCUCCCGGCCCCUCCUCGUCCGAGGCACUCACCCUGGCCUCUGGUCUCCCUGAACCCCGCCAUCCCCACGUCCAGUGAGCUCCCUGUGUGGCCAGCGUCACCUGCUGGGAAGGAAAAGGCCCUGCUGGCUGGUUCGGGAGUGUGUGCUCCUGAUGGCCAUGUGUGGACGCUCGAGGGCUUGUGGGCGUGCCCAUCACUGCCGCCUGCUUGGUGCCUGCUCUCAUAGGGCCCUGCCCUCGCCUUGCAGAGCCUGGCUUUGCCAGAGCUGAGUAUCCCCGAAGACGCACGAGGUCUGUGGCUGUGGGGAGCAGGUGCCUCGCAGAGGCCCCCGCCCCAGGUCGCUUGUCCUUGCCCAGGCCGUCACCGCGAGCUUCUCCCCAGACGUCAAAAUGUGCGUCAGGCUUCGCGGCAGUGACUCAUUAACCUGGUGAGGAAAACGUCCCAGCAAAGGUGAGGCCCGUGCAUGCCGCCCGCUGCCCCGGCCGCGACUUGGGACGAGCGCCGCGGAGCCCUGAGCCCUGCCGGGAGCCCACCAUGUGUCCUGUCAUCGUCACCUGCCGCUCCAUGCUCUGGACGCUCCUGAGCAUCGUGGUGGCCUUCGCGGAGCUGAUCGCUUUCAUGAGUGCCGACUGGCUGAUCGGGAAGGCGCGGAGCCGCGGCGGGGCGGAGCCACAAGGCCCGGGCGCCCUGGAGCGCCCGCACCCGACGCUGGGCCUGUAUGCACGCUGCAUCCGCAACCCGGGCGUGCAGCAGGUGCCGCGCGACAUGCUGUGUGGGCCCUACGCCGAGAGCUUCGGCGAGAUCGCCAGCGGCUUCUGGCAGGCCACGGCCAUCUUCCUGGCCGCCGGCAUCUUCGUGCUGUGCGCGGUGGCGCUGGUGUCGGUCUUCUCCAUGUGCGUGCAGAGCGUCAUGAAGAAGAGCAUCUUCAACGUGUGCGGCCUGCUGCAGGGCAUCGCAGGCCUCUUCCUCAUCCUCGGGCUGAUACUGUACCCCGCGGGCUGGGGCUGCCAGAAGGCCAUAGACUACUGCGGACCUUACGCGUCUGCCUACAAGCCUGGAGACUGCUCCCUGGGCUGGGCCUUCUACACGGCCAUCGGCGGCACGGUCCUCACCUUCGUGUGCGCCGUCUUCUCGGCACAGGCGGAGAUCGCCACCUCCAGUGACAAAGUCCAGGAAGAGAUCGAAGAGGGCAAGACCCUCAUCUGCCUGCUCUAGGGCCCUGUCCACCCUGCGACCUUGGCAUCCAGCCGAGAGCCAGCCUCCCCUGCCACCGCCACGUCCACCGCCCCAGGCCUUCCAGGGACGAAUGAGAUGCAACCUCCAGCUACGCCAGGCUACUGGACACGAGGGCGCGGCCCGCCGGCGUGUGUGCAGAUCCGUCACCCACGGGCUCAGGGCGGCCGGGUCUGUGGCUCGCAGCCUCAGCUGCAGGCGGUUCCCGGCAUGCUCCUGCCCCCACCCCGAACCUGCACGCCGUGAGCAUCUCAACCCCAGAGUGAUGUCGCGUCGGUGGCUGUGUUUUCCUCCACUCCAGGAGGACCACAGACCACUGAGGCAGGAGGUGUGUGGGCGGACCCCCCGCACGCUGGCUCGUGCUUAACUCACCAAGGUGGAUCUACUCAGCUAUGACUCUUGGAACUUUAGAAGUAUCGGGGGGUGGAGUCAGGCCCUGGGCACUCACCUGAGCAUCCAAGUAGGAGUCUCGCUCCUGAAGACCAGCGUCCUCUGCCCAGCGCCCUGGCCAGCACCCAGCCAGCUGCCCCUGAGCCCAAGUCACGUUCUCCUGGGCUUCGGGACGGAACCUCCACGUUCCGCUGCUCCCUGCUUGCUACCCGUGGCCCCCGCCCGCAGCCGGGGGAGAGCAGCCGCCGUGGGGUUGGCUUCCUCCAGGUACAGGUGUGGCUCCUGAAAGCAGAGUGGAGGAACGUGAGUCUGCAGCAGCAAAGACAUCGUUGCCAAGGAAACGUUCCCCAGAGGCGGCGGAGCCCGGGCCAAGCUCACGGCGCCUGUCCACAACGGCGCCGGUGCCACCGUGACGAAGGACGCGGGGUGUCUCAUCCGGCUUCGUGACUGGCCCAGAGCCGCCUUCAGGAGGGGAGGAAGUACCGGUCUCGGGGUGCCUGCGGUGUUCACUUGCGGCUGCCACAUCGUUCCGAUUCAGCACUUCUGUGGGCAAGGUGCUGACGCAGCUUUCCCGGCCCGCACCGACCCAGGGAUCCCGUCAACGCUCCGUGACCCUGGAGCCAGGCCUGGGGCGGCGGAGGCCACGCUGAACGGAACCGCUCCCGCGGGCAGGCUGGGGUGGAGGCGCUGUGAGCUCCCGUUCCUGGGCCAGCCACAUGCAGGGGCGGGGGUAAACGUGGCUUCCCAGCGGCCGAGGAGACCGCCAGGGGCUGGGGCUCCGUCCUGUGAGUCCCUGUGCCGACGCUGACGCCGCGGCGGAAGGUUCUAGAACAGAGAGCCUGUUUCCACCACUGGGGAAUCGUCUCCGUCUGCGCCGGAGCCCCAGGCAGGUGAAGCCUCUGCUCCUGAGCAGGCGCCGCCCCUGCUGUGUCCCUGAGGCUGAGGCCACCCUGACAGCCCCAGGGGGAACACACCCCCCUGCCAGAAUCGAGCCCCGGCAGGUUCAGCGCGUUCAUGUCCAUGCUUCGGAAGCACAUGCGUGCACACAACCCCAAACCACUGACCACUGCCCGCACACAGCACAGCCCCGCUCUGCUUCCAGAGCCAGUACGGUGGCCACUCGGUCCCCCUCGACCCCCCUGCCGUCAGCGCCUGAGCCAGCGCCGUGGGACAGCAGUGUGGGCCCCAGGCAGCUGCACAGCGGCGUGACCAGCGCUGCUCCCCGGCCCUGCACGACCGCCGGCAUCCGCUCGGCCCUCUGUGGAUCCUUUAAACCUGUGUGCGAAUUCACCAAGGCUGCCCGAGCGGGCAGCUUUCUGGAGAGCCUCGGACAUCUGUGGUGUGCUGAUCUCUGGCCGACGUGUUCUCUGUAACGUGCCAUAGUCUUUCUGUACGUGUAGCGUAUUUAAAGUAUAUAUGUAUAUUACACAUACACAGAUUUGUGUGAAAGAUGUGCAAUAACAGGCGUAUGUAUGUUGCGUUUUUCAAAAACUGGACAGGAGUCAAAACAGAGAUGUUUUGGCAAAGAAGAGUUAAACAUUGCUGCCUUCAUGGCUGGUCAUGAAAACCCUAACGAUGCUAAUGCUACACAGAUCCUAUGUGAAGAGGAGACUGGUGUGGAUCACUCUCUCCCGGGUCUCCAUCCGAGUAGUCACUAGCUGUACGUGAGACUGACACCAGCAGAGCAGGCCCAGCUGAUGCUAGUCUCGUGUGAAAUGUGAAGCUUCUCUGUUAGCGUGGUAACUCGUAGCUGGUACAUAAUCACUAAGGGCUCUUCUGAGCGUGACUGUACGGACCGUGUUAAUGCCAGACCACUGCUGAAGGGCUACCCCACACCUCCUGAGCCGGCAGCGUCUGCCUGAGGCCAGACCUCGCGUGGCCGCCGGGACCCCGGGCAGCACCGCCGCCCGAGGGCCCGAGGACUGAGCCGGGGUGGGGGCGGGAGGUGCUCUGCAGGAACGCGCAGCACCUGAGCCAAUGGACAAUGGGGUGACAGCUGUGGACGCCUGAGCCUUCCGGCCGGCGGUUCUCCCAUGUCCUGUAAGCCGACCCCUGGUUCCUCUGCGCGGGUUAGGUCCCCGUGUGCGUGUAUUUCCAGUGUGUUCCUCGCCCCUCCCCCAUCUGAAUUAAACCAAAUUUUGCAAAUUCA